CGUCGGCUGUCGGUGUCCGAUCUCAUUUCCUCCUUCUUUUUCGCGAUUUUAUCACUGUAAACAUAUUGUGUUCCUGUUGGCAUUUCUCUGCAGUAAACACAGCUUACAUCUCUUUUAUUCUUUGAGAAAACUUGUUGGUGGUCACGUUGUUACCUUCCGUUGGCUCGAUGUGAGUCUUCGUCUUACCGUUUGACAGCUGGCAUUGUUGACAUUGUCGGUGAUAAGCAUGGAGGGUGUCCUUUGGAAAUGGACGAAUUAUUGGAGUGGGUGGCAAACGAGGUGGUUCAUUCUGGAAAACGGUGUGCUGUCGUAUUAUAACUCACAAGAUGAAGUGAUCCAAGGUUGCAAAGGCUCUAUGAAAGUGUCGGCUCUUGAAAUCAAUGUGAAUCCAGUUGACAGCACACGUAUGGAUCUUGUCAUACCAGGUGAACAACACAUUUAUCUACGAGCAGCCAAUGCUCAAGAGCGCCAGCAGUGGCUGGUGGCUCUGGGAAGUACCAAAGCUUGCGUCACUACGAGAACAAGGAAAGACUCAGGAGAAAAUAAACCAGAUAUUUUGAAAGUUAAAAAGUCAGAACUUCGUCUGUAUUGUGACCUACUCAUGCAGCAAGUGCACACUGUGAAGACUGAGGCAACAAGGGAGGGAGGCCCAGAAAUUCGAACAUUGGAUGAGGCGACUAAUCUCUUAGGAGCCACCUGUGACACCUUCAUUAAAACAUUAGAAGAAUGCAUUCACAUUGUUAACACCAGCUUAAACGAUGUGCCUGUGCCUGUACAUUCAAGUAUUCCUCCCUUGCCUCACAACCAAUCGAAAAGUAGGGGCAAUAAAAAUGCUUCGAACAUUGUUAGAAGUACAUCAAUUGACAAGUGAGCUGUGCGUGAAUCAUCAGCACAAAUUUCAUCAUGUCUUGAACCUCUUAAACAACUUAUUCUGUUCUCUCUCUGUUUUUCUUUGCAGAAAACUAUGAGCAUUAAAUGUUAUUUGACUAGGCAGAGUGUUCCUGGCUGGGAAGUUGUUGAAUGAUCCAGAGCAAAUUGUGGAACAUAAGUCAAAAGUGCCAAUUCUAUUUUCUUUAGGGUGCAUUUUAUGCUGAUAGGUGAAAUGUGUGAGUUUGUAGCAUAAUCUUGGCCUAAUGAGAGUGUAAUCUUAUGUAGAUGGCUGGAGCUUAGGCACACAUGUGUUUUUAUUAUAGAUCUACUUAAAAUGAAACAGUAUUCCCUGCUGUAACAAUUAGCUGGUUUUCUGUAUUAAAAGUUUUUGAUUGAUUACAUUAUUAAGUCCCAUGUAGUUUCUAUGUAUAUGUGAAUAAGAAUAGCCUAUGUCUUAAAAAUGUAUUAUUAUAUGGUAAAGGAUUAUACAGGCCAACUUUGACAGCCGACGAAGUGAUGCACUGAUGCAUUCGACUUUACUGUUGCAGAUUUAUAUCAAGCUGUGAUUUUUACUUUAGAACCAAAGCAAUUUUUUUGAAACUUUUUGUGUGUGUGUGGAUUCAUAAACGGUUUUCUUUUAAUGCAUUAAAAGAGAUAAGUCAACAUCCAAAA